AGUGUUUUUUGUCAUUUAUGAUAGUUUAUUCGUGUACAAUUAUUUUCCUUAUAUUCGUGAUUUUACUAGGAGUUUUACCGAGAACGAGCGAUUUUUAAACGAAAAACUGCGAUAAAAUUUUAGAUUUUGGGACAAUUUGGCUGUGUUUAUGCAAUAGAAUUAUCAGCGCUGUAUUAAACCUUGCCGAGCUACACCCAUUAAAUGUGGAAUAUUGGUUUCUGCGAUGCGCAUGCCUCCAUGUCUGGUGCCGAAUGAUGGUGUAGUUGAACGCUCGAACCCGGCUUUUGCAAAUCCGUCACAUUUUAUCUGUGAUAUGUAAAGUGACGUUCCACCCCUUGGUAGUACAGGCCGUCGGGCACCGAGUGGUGAAAAUCCUGCUUGCGUGAUUAGUGUCCAGUGCGAGGGUUGUUUGCCGAAAUGACAAUGCUGACGAGCAAAGCGAAGCACUACCUCCACUGCUGUCUCUUCAUCUAUGUGAUAUUCAUGUUCGAGAUCUUCACCGGAGGGAUCAAACUCCUCGAUGGCGCUUUUUUCGUCCCCGCCGAAGACAUCAACCCCUGGGUGCAUUACGGGUACUUGGGUGCGUUGGUGCUCUACCUGCUUAGACUAGUGACUUUCCUCCCCUUACCCCAAGUGUUGUUUAAUUUCAUCGGACUGACUUACUACAACGCGUUCCCGGAUAAAGUCGUUUUAAAAGCGUCGCCGAUUUUAGCGCCCUUCAUCUGUAUUAGGGUGGUGACCAGGGGCGACUUCCCCCAGCUGGUCAAAAACAACGUCAACCGGAACAUGAACAAGUGUCUAGACGCCGGGCUGGAGAACUUCCUCAUUGAAGUCGUGACUGAUAAAAAACUGGGGAUGGAGAAGCACAGGAAGGUGAGGGAGAUUGUGGUCCCCCAGGACUACCGCACCAAGUCGGGGGCGCUUUUCAAAGCCCGAGCGCUGCAGUACUGCCUGGAGGACGACGUCAAUGUCUUGUCGCCAAACGACUGGAUCGUGCACCUGGACGAGGAGACUCUCCUGACGGAGAAUUCCGUCCGGGGGAUUUUGAACUUCGUCGGGGAUGGCAAGCAUCAGUUCGGACAGGGGUUGAUCACUUACGCCAACGAAGAAGUGGUUAAUUGGAUUACGACCUUAGCGGAUUCUUUUAGAGUCACGGACGAUAUGGGAAAGCUCAAGUUGCAAUUUCGGAUGUUCCACAAGCCGUUGUUCAGUUGGAAGGGGUCGUUUGUCGUCACGCAGGUCGGCGCAGAACGCGAAGUUUCCUUCGACAAUGGCCUUGACGGCUCGAUCGCCGAGGACUGCUUCUUCGCGAUGAAGGCCUUCAGCAAAGGCUACAGUUUCAACUUCAUCGAGGGCGAGAUGUGGGAGAAGUCCCCGUUCACCUUCUGGGACUUCAUCCAGCAGCGGAAGCGCUGGAUCCAGGGCAUCCUGCUGGUGGUGCACUCCAAGGACAUCCCGCUCAGGAACAAGCUCCUGCUGGCCUGCUCGUGCUACUCCUGGCUCACGCUACCGCUGUCCGUCUCCAACCUGGUGCUGGCGUCGAAGUUCCCCAUCCCCUGUCCGCCGAUUAUUGACUUUAUUUGUGCAUUUAUCGGUGCUGUGAAUAUUUACAUGUUUGUGUUCGGUGUCAUAAAGUCGUUUACGGUUUACAGGUUCGGACUGGGACGGUUUGUGCUAUGUUUGUGCGGAGCGGUACUCGUUAUACCCUUUAAUUUAGUUAUCGAAAACGUCGCGGUCAUUUGGGGGAUUUUCGGCAAGAAACAUAAGUUUUAUGUUGUUAAUAAGAACGCGCGGCCGCAGGUGACGGUCUAGAGGCUGAAGGUGGAUGCAGAAAAUGAGAAACGCCCAAUGCGGAACUCGGACGGGUUCUCAUUUUCCGCCUAGUGAAAAUUUUUACUUUGUUGUCCUUUUAUAAUAUACGAUGUAUUAAAGAUCAGGUAUUUUAAUACGGAGCGGUUUCACAAUUGGCCACCUCAUCCAUGUAUUUAUUACGAGUCAUUCAUUUCACUAUCAAUUAUGAAAUCGCCGGGUUAGUAUUUACGCAAAAUUGGAAACAGCGCAAACAUUGUUUUUUUCCAUCUUAUUACGGACAGCUUUAUUAAAACGCUGCCUUAUCAAGAUUUAUACGUUCCAUAAACUCCCCCAUUUCGGUGCAAAACAAUUACCUUACUACGGGAGGACCAAGUAUCGACUUAUCGAAAACUUCGGCUUUUUUAUGUGUUCCUGAGUCGCGAAAUACGUAUUUUCUUUCACCGUUUCCUGCAUUCUUCACUAGCUUCCACUGUAGCUUGCCAUUAAAUAAGCGGAUUUUGUUGUAGAAAAUCAAAACGAUUAGAAUCAAAAGUGUCCAGAGCCAAUUUUUAUUGAGAUUAACAAGUAGUUUGUUAUUGAUUGGUGUUCCAAAGUAAUGAAUUAGUGUGCGAAGCCUCUAUUCCUUGUACAGUAACAAAGUUCUAGCGUUAUGUUGUUUAAUUUAAGACGUAAACAUGUCCAUUUAGUAAACUGGUCUAGUGCAUGUUUAUAGAACAAAAUUUUAAUACUAGCCGGCUCUUCAUGUGACUGUUAAGAAUAAGUGAAUACCCCAAAGAUUAUUUUUUAUUGUGUGUAAAUAACUUUGUUUUUGUGAUGAAUUCAUUAAAUUUUCUUUCACUGAAGACAUACUAGUCAUUAUUGAUUAUCCAAAUAGCAUCGGUUGAUCUUACUUAGCUGCUAGUUCGUGUAGUUCAUUGUGAUUUCGGGCUAUUUUUUCGAGAAGCAAAAAUUGUUGUUUUGAAGCCGACUGAUGAUUUUUUAUGUACAAAACGUUAAGUAAUAAAAUGCACAAUGCCAAUA